AUUCUCCUCCUGUAUCAGUGCCAUAUUGUUGGGGUCUUGUCGUAGUUUGGUUUGGCAGUCCAGUAGCUUCCCAUAUGCAUUUUCUUCCUUUGCUUCUACAUCACUGAAUCAGCUUCUAUUGAUUUCCUUCAGAGUGGCCUUGAGUCUGUUCAAUCUUCCUACCAACUGAUUCAUAUGCGUUCCCUUGAUUUCUUUGUUUCAGCUGUUUUGCAACUUGAUUUGAAAGUCCGGAUCAAGCUUCCACAUGUUGAAAUAUCGAAAUCUAGGUGUGCACCUUGAGUCUCUAGAUUCCCAGUUAAUUAUGGUGGGACAAUGAUCAAAUAAUCCUUCAUUAGCAAAGUAAACCUCAGAGUCAGGUAGUGAGGUGAUCCAAUCUCUAUUGACUAAUACUCUAUCUAUAUGGCUGUACACUCUUCUCGUACCCCCUUGUUUGUUCCAAGUGAAUAAGGACCCAGACGACUUGAGUUCUUGAAGUUCACAUGCUGUAACACACACUUUAAAGCCAUUAAUUUCUGCUACUGAAACAGGCCUCCCUACUCUUUCAUUCAUUUUCAAUACACAAUUAAAUUCGCCCAUAACAGCCCAAGCACCACAAAUACCAUUCCGAAUAUCCACCAGUUCAUUCCAUAGAGCUCUUCUCAUCCCUUGAUCAUUAAAUCCAUAUACUAUUGUUACGCAGAAUUGCUUCUGUGUCCCCCUAUGUACCUCACAAUGCACCAGCUGUGCUGUCAUUGUUAUUAUAUUUACAUUGUAUAUCAUCGGCUUCCAUACUACCCAUAUCCUUCCACCCGGAUGUUAAGCCAAGUUUGUAGUGAACGACCAGCCAUUGCAUAGAUUAAGAGCAGCUCCCGGAGCUUUUUGCCUCUUAACCUUAGUUUCCAGGAGUCCAAAUAGACCAGUUUUGCUAUUAUGCAGGUAGAGAUUAAUCUCCCUCUGCUUAUCUAGUCUAUUCAAACCUCUGGUAUUCCAGAAUCCGAUACUAUCCAUGGGGAGGGGGUUGGCCCCCACCCUUCUUCUAUCCUAAAUCUGUUGCUUGUGCUCCAUUGCCCAUAUGUGCCACCAGUCGACCCUCCUGCUCAUCAAAAUUCUCUUUCUGAGUUAAAGUUGUAAAUGAGUUACCAGUAUUGGUAGUAUUUCCUUUAUGCGCUACAUGAGUUUGUUUUGCCUUCCAUGGACUAGUCUUGGGUACCAUAGUGAACCCGUCACUAUCCUGCUGUGGUUUCUUCGCCCCAUUUGCUUGUCCUGAUUUCAUCACCUCUUUCCCUUUAUCCCUUGUUUCUGUAUUGUUCAAUUUCCUACACUCUUCACGGGUAUGCCCAAAACUUGCAAUGAGAGCAAAGCACCGGUCUCCAUUCGUAAUGUACCUUUUGUUCGAUUAUUUGCCCUUUUUCAUUCUCAAACAUGAUUGAAUUAGGAAAAUCCUGAUCCAGUGUAACUUCUACUAAUACGCGAGCAUACAUCAAUCUUUCCUUAUUAGUCAUCACACUAUCAGUCUUCAAUGGCUUCCCAAUGAGGAUUGUUAUUUUUGUUAGGGCCUACGUCCCCCAGUAUUUUAUAUCCAACCCUUCCAAGUGUACCCAAAUAGGCACCUGUUCCACCAUUACUUUAUUCAUCUCCACAUCCGGUGUCCAUCCUUUUACCACCAUCGGCUUUCGAUCAAAGAUUGCUUUAUGGGCAAGUAAGGAUGAUGACGAGGUUAUUCGUCAAUACCUCAAUGGCAUGAAUGAAAUAGUUAAAGGCGAUCCGAAUGAGUUUAUUAACCACAAGAAAGGGUUAUUGGAUGGUUUUAGCCGGCGGAUAAAGCCUUGGGUGGUAAAAGGCUAUGCUCAAAGGCAGGGUUAGUAUGCAAGACUGUGGAGUGAAAUUGCGGAUGCCAUAAAGAUUGGAAUCAUGAAGUCCGACUCUAACAGGAGCCAAUUUGCCAGCCUUCUCCGCUUUCAAAGCACAAAAUCGAAGGGCUUCCUGAUAACUCUUGACCAAUAUUUGUCAACAAUGAAAUCAGGUCAAGAGAAGAUUUUCUAUGUUAUAGUCAACAAAGAACAAUUGGAGAAAUCUCCAUUUGUUGAGAUGCUUACAAAGAAAAACGUCGAGGUGAUACUUUUCACUAGCGACAUAGAUCACCGCAUGAUGCAUCAUCACCUCGUGGAAUACAAAGGGAAGAAGUUUCACGAUUUGUCCAAAGACGGGUUCAAAUUUGGUAAGAAAAACCUCGAGAAGUCAUUCAAAGAGCUUGCUCGAUGGUGGAGACUUCUUCUGAAGGAUGAGAAUGUCGAUGUAAAAAUUAAUCACCUUCUUGUUGACACUCCAUGUGUCGUGGUGAACUCAAACUACGGUUUGAGUCCUUUUUUAGAGAGAGUAUCGAAAUCACGCGCACUAUCCGAGGUGAAUGAGAAGCCAUACAUGCGUGGAAAAAGGGUGCUCGAAAUCAAUCCUCAGCAUCCAAUUAUUAGGAAGCUUUGUGGCCAAGUAGCAAAAGAACCGAAGGAUGAGAGAGUGAGGCGGAUAGCACGAGCUAUGUAUGGGAUAGCUCUGAGAGAGAGUGGCUUGGAGCUCACUCAGUGGGAGGUCUCCACAUUUGAUCCGUAUGGAUUUAUCGAGGGGGAGGAAGAAUCAGAAGAAACCAAGGUGGGAAAAAUAGGGCAAAGGGUUUGGGCAAUUGUUGAAAAUGUUUUCCCAUUGCCGUGGAAGGAUUCGAAUUCUGAUAUUCCUUUUUGACAGUCUUGGGAAAGGCGUAUGGGGAGGAAGUGCUUUUGAUAUUUGUCUCUAGGUCUUGGGAAAGGCGUAUGUGGAUGAAGUGCUGAUUCUUGAGUUGGAGCUCGUAGUGAUAGUCUGCUUAUGGGAAAAGAAAAAGAAGUGAUGUAAGAUGAUAGACGGCUAGACGCAUUUUUGUAAGAUGCAAUGGGCCUUGGGAUGUUCGCACUUGUUAUUUCCUAGUUGUAUUUAUGCAUACUUGUUAUCAUCCUACUUAUAUGUAUUUUAAGACUCUAUUUUUGUGGUUAUCACUAUUGUGUCAUUUCGGAGUGCAAUGUUAAGUAACUCUCCUGUGCAGAGAGCAUGGAAUUUUAUAUAGCUUUGGUCACAUUUUGAACAAAAAUAGAGUUCUUGCACUUGCAAUAUUGUCUUUAUGUAAUCUACGCGUAUCAGCUAGGCCACAUUUAUUUUCAAACCAACAUAUCCCAUCUCUUGAAGGUGGGUGUUUUUGAUUGUGUUGUAGACUUGUUCUCUGUUUGGAUGGUUGGUUACGUGUUGUACACUUUAUUCUCUGUUUGGAUGGUCGGUUACGUGUUGUUUUAUAAUGUAUUGUGUUGUACGACAUUUUUUUAUGACAAGGGAUCCUUUGGUUGUGCAUUGGGUAAACCUUGUUCUUGUGCAAUAACUUGCAAAACCGCAUAGAAGAGGUAAAUUGCACUAGGCAAGCUUCGUGUGACAAGCUCGACUUUAGAAGUAGCAAGGAGUUUUGAACUAGCGACCUACACUAUUGUAUAAAGGGUACAAUAGAAUUACUCCC